ACUGCCCGCUGUGUCUCGGCGAGGCUGGGGAGCGAGGGCUAGGGAGUGAGGGCGGUGGCUUCGGCCAGGGCAGCGUCAGGGAGCUGGGCUGGACUGAGAGAGGGGGCUGGGGCAUCCCUGCCCGGCCCCCUUGGGCAGCUCAGGCAGCUGGGGCUUCCCUUUGCCGCUGGGCGGGAUGAGAAGUGCGCUCCCACUGCGGGUGGGAGGCAGGACCCAGUCAUCCCGGGCAAAGGGUUGUGGGGCAGUGGGAAGCGCCCAGAGGUGAGGACUUUGGGUGAGCGGAAAGGGGAAGGGCGCAGGGUCGGCUGGAAGUUGUGGGGCUGAGACAGGUUUAGCAGAAAGGAAGGUUUCUGAAGUGAGGUUCCUGUGAGUCCCAGGAUCGCCCUCUCCCUAGCCACUGCCCCCCUACCCCUUCCUUCUUAUCCCCUCCCCCACAAAAAAUAAUAACCUAGAAAGCAGCUUCCUGAAAAAAAUAUUUUGAGAAAAAUGCACCACACAGCACCCACUCUAGACAAGAUUUAUGACGUUUUCCCCCCUCUGAAAUGGGAAGUUGUUGGGAAAUCCUAUUCACUCUGCUCCCCACUCCGUGCCCCAGAACAGGCCUCUUUGAUCUGUCUGUGGGCGUCUCUGCAGCCUCCUCCAGCCUAGGCUCCACUGAGCUGGAGAAGAAUAUGGGCAGCGGUGGAGGUUGAGUCAAGUGAGGGGCUUCUUUGGAAGAAGGGUUGGUGGGGGAGUUGGUCCAGUUUGGACCCGUCAGAGCAGGGAGGUAACAGAAGCUGGGAGAAUUUCCAGGGUCGGAUCACAGAAGCAGUACUGGAGUCCAGAAAAACACACUGAAUCUUUGUGGCUGGGCAGAAAUCGAGGUGCUGGGCCUAAAGGGAGCCCCCUUUUGUGUCCCCAUAUCCUGGAGGAGGGGGAUUCUUAAGCCAUGGAGGGGAAGAGGAUGGAGUUUGAGGGUCUACCUUUCAAUCAAGGAACAGCCAGAGGUUAGGCUCAGUGGGCACUGAGAUGGGGGCAUCAUACAGGGUCCACCUCAGGACUUCCAUUAGCAGUAUCUGCUGCUGGAGACCCCAGGGAAGGGGUAGUCCUUUGUCCAGGCCUUUUCAGGAGGGGUGCUUUCAGGUUCCUGCCCAGUUUAGGCCUCCCCAGAGCCCACACCUCAGCUGCUGAGGAGAGAGGCUGGAUGUGGGAGCCAGAGAGAGCAUUACCGCUCGACUGACCACGUGUACAUGAAGGUGGGUGUGCAGGCUCUGGGACCUCCUGGGUGCAGGGAGCUGGGUCCAUCUGAGCUGGCCCAAUGCUGGGUCUCUCAGCUAGCAGUCCUGCUGGCCUCCAGACAAUAGGGAGAUCAGCUUAAUCAAAGCUUGGGCCUGAGGAAGGAACAAAGGAGGGAGGGGGCAGUGGGGUGAGGGCACCCUGGACUUAGCCUAGAUUGUGGCUGGAGACACUGUCUCCUAAUUAAGAACCUGUGGGGCUCAGGAAAGGAGCACUAGCUCCAGGCUGAAUUGCAGGCUGGGUGGCUGCAUCUGCCUGGAGUAGCGCCUGGGGAGUUCCAUCCAGCCUCUAGAUCAGGGCAAGUCUGGUCUCAGUAGAAGGGUGCCUGCACAGGGCUGUUGGCUAGGGUCAGAACUGUCCCCCUCUCCUGCCACUUAACCACUUAAUUUGCUAUGUCCUGAAAUAGAAGGCACACUCCUGUGGGUUGUUAGGUCCCCCGCGCUGAGUUGUGUAACUACCAAUAGGAAACAGGAACUUGGGCCAAAGCCAGCUUGGAGUCCAAGCAGCUGCCACUGCCAAUGGGUACAAGAGUGUACACGUGCACAUGCAUGGGCAAGGUACCAGCCACCUGUCUUAGGCUGGCUGCUAGACGGAGGGCCAAGUGUGUGAGGGGGUAUUGUGCAGAUUUGGUGAGUUGAGGGAGUGCAGGAUAUGCAUGUGGUUGCAGCAGGAAUGGGCAUUUCCGUUGAUCUGGAUAUGGGAGUUUCAUGGCCCAGGGGCUCUCUUUCCUCAGUGGAGAUUUGAAUACGAAAAAUUGAGUCCCAGGCCCUCAGUGGAGGCACCUAGUCGCUGAGGCUUUCUCUUUCUCUGGCUGUUAGCUUCUCCUGGUAGCUGCAGGUGCCCCUGGAGCCUGGGUUUAGGACUGAGGGGGCGAGGUGGAAGAAGUUCAGGGCAAGCGGGGAGGUGGAGAGACAGGCCUGGCAGGCAGCUCUCAGCACCAUGGCCAGGGCCCGACCACUGCCACUGGUGCUUUGGCCUGGGUGCCCAGUGGCCAGCCAGACCCAGUACCUGAUCUUCCGAAACUUUAGGGACUGUGCUGGGGCUGAAGGCCAAGGCUAGGGGCUUGGUGUGGGGAAAGCUCAUGGAACCCAGACCCAGCCUGAAUUGCAGGCAAAGGGGCAAUCUGGGUCAAUGCUGGUGGCUGGUCAGGUUCUCCCCACUUGGUCUCUGAAUUGGCCUGCCCAGCAGUCUGCCAGCCUCAGCUGGCAGUGCCCAGCCCACACAAUGCGCUUCUGCCUGGUGUCGACCUGGAUGGCUUCCCGGGCUCCUGUUAAGCUGUGUGUGGAAGCCGGCUGCCAACCCACGGAGACUGCAGCUGCCUUGACCCACCGGAACAGCCUCCUCUCAGCAGCCUAUGGCCUUGAGGCUCGGUCUUUCUGUGGCCUUCUUCCUGGGAGUGGGGCUACAGUGAGAUGGAGGAGGCACUGAUUCUGGGGCCGGUCUCACUCAAGCAGGGUGUGGGAGCCUCCCCCUGGUCAGCCUCACCUGCUCCCAAGAAGGGACUCGAUUUCCCAAAAAGACAGUAGAGAUGUGGCUCUGAUGACAGUGGCCUCCUGCAUCUGAACUGAAUCAAAAUCAGGUUUUUAAUUCUUUCUCCCAAAGCCCCCACCCGCCCUAGGCUUGCAGGCCGGCCUCCGCGCGCGGUUACCGUGAGUCUCGCUGAGGAGCCAUUUUGUGCAGCAUCCUGCUUAAAUCACACUCCGAGGGGCUCGUUCCUCGCUCCCUCUUCCCCCUCGCUUCCUCUCUUUCUUCCCUCUCUCUCAGGUGAAACAUGCUUCUGGGCCCCUCCCUGCCUCCGCAGCCCCACCCUUCCCACCCCUGGGUGGCCCCGAAAGGACUAGGGCUCAGAAGGCCGCCCACACACACAUCAAGAAGGGAAGAGGGUGCAGGUUCCUGGAGCUGCAGGAGGAGGGGAAGCAAGGGGCGCCUCCCAAUUAUGGAAAUUCAUGGAAUUAACUGUCUCGGGCCCAAAUUCAGAGCUUCCUUCCUGAACCGUGGCUGGCCUCUCUGUUCCUCUGCUGGUUCAGCUGUCCGGCCCUUGUUCACCUUCUGGAAAAAGGAAUGUGUCUGCGAAGUGGGAUUUCGAGGGAAACAUGUACAUAGCAGAUUUGGUUGGUCACAAGCUGGCUGGGAUGAGAGCAGGAUGUCACCUGCUUCGGAUUUAGAGUUGGGAUGAAAUUAGAACAAACCACAGACAAGCAAUGGGGAAAGAGGCAUUUGACAAAAUCCAGAACUUGACAAAAUCCACAUGUGUCAUUUUUAGGGGAGUAUAUGGAAGGAAGGGAUUUUUAGUAAAAUCAUGAAAUCUUUUCCAAACCAUCCACUUUUGGCCCCUUCUUUCCAACCCAUCCUGCCAGGGUUUUACCUGGCUCAGAGUGGCCCAGUGCCCCAGACCCCACUAAAAUGAAUCUGCACGGGUACCUCCACCUAACCCCACAGUGCUCACUGUAGACAGCAGCAGUGAGAGUCUCUUUGACUCCCGUGUAUUGACUGCUGGAAUCUGGGAAUCCACUUGCCCAGUCCCACAUAAAAUCUCUCCCUAGCUGUUGAGCUUAAGAUUUUUCUGGGGUUAUCUAGGAGCAAAGAUAUUGCAUUUUUCAUACUGAAUCCUUUGCAUCUUGGGGAUGGCUGACAGGCGGAGGUGAAUCAUAGGGCUCAAGGCUGGAGGGUAGCCACAGCAGCAAGGAAGAAGGGGGUGAUGGCUGGCAUGAGCACGAAGUGGUACCCAUAGGCCACUCACAUCUGGAAGGCUGCAAUGGUACCACCAAUUCAGCUGCCAGCUCAGUUUAGGGGUGAUUCCGGGAGACCCAAGGUGGCAGUCCCUUUCCACUGUUGCGGCUACUUGGAGUGAGUAGCCAGGUGUGUGCUGAGAGCUGAAGAAGGAGAGUGGAGGCAUGGCUUUGUGCUUUAAUUUUUGGUGAAAUAUGAAUUUAACCAGGAGCCAAGAGAGAGCCUAGGACUUCUCCAAGGUGCUUGGCACAAUCGGUUUUACACUCCUAGUGUGUCUAGGAACCGAGAGAGAGAAGGGACCCAGCAGCUUGGUACUCAGGGCCCAGGCCAGGGCCUCGCCCAAGUGGAGCAUAGCUGAGGAACCUCUGAGUGCCAGGUGUUAUGGGUGGGACACCGACCUGCGCUCACCGGGACACUUAAUUCUUCCUUCAAUCCCUGGUCUCUGCCGCGUGGGCUAGAUCUACUGCAAGUGCUGGGCAUGGGGAAAGGAAGAGAGAAGUUAAAGGUGAAAUGGCUUCUGCUCUCGGCCUCUCCGUGAGCGCUCUCGGCCCUCCUGUGGAGAUCGCCACGUCCUAUCACACGCGUCCCUAAACCUUGUCACUCGAGCAUUCUUGUCUCCCAAACUCUGAUGGUCCGCAGUGGGUACUGGGCUCCCUGGGCCCUGGGAGGAAGACGGAGGAGUUUGGGUGAAAGAUCAGACGGUGCGCAGCCCUGACGCUUCUGAGGGCAGAGGGUGCGCUUCCUUGCCCUCGGGGCGGGGAAGCCGUGAACGCCGAGGCCAUUGUAAGGCUGGGUGGUGCGGAGCGCGGGAAGGGGGCUGGGAUUUGAAUGGGAGCCUGUGAUUGGCCGAUCCCUGGACUGACGUCACUUCCCCGCGGGGCGAUUAGCCUGCGAGAGGAGGGCCGGCGGUCCAGUGCGCUGGGGGCGGCCGGGGCGCCCGAGGCUCUCUAAGCGCUCCGCGCGGGUGCCCUACGUGAGCCCCGGGACGCCGUCGAGGCAGGCCGGCAGCGCCGGUGCCCGGACGCACGGAACGGGGAGCAGGGGAGAAAUGCGCCGGGAGGGCGAGGGAGGAAGGGAACUGGGCGGGGGCUGCGGGCCUAGGUGGCGGGAGUCAGCGUGUGCGUGUGUCUGUCCAUCCCCUCUGGCUCUCCGCGUGCGCCCCAGGAUCCGGGCACGGCGUCCGCUCAGGCUCCCGCGCUCGGCAGGCAGCAGCACGUGGAGCCCACGGCGCGGCAGCGGCACUGGCUAAGGGAGGCCCGUUUCUCUCUUUGGUUAUCUAGCUGUAUGAGUGCCACAGAGCCGUCAUAAAGCUAGAUAACCGAAAGUAGAAAUGACUCUCACAACUUCUGCGUGCGAGCGCCCGCCCCGCAAGAGCCAGAGGAGCCGAGAGGAGCCCAGCGCCGGCCCAGCGGACUACAGCUCGACGGAGCGGCCGCGCCCCGACCAGUUACUCCCCUGCUGGUGCCUCCCUCCUUGGCGCGCUUCCCACCUGCGAUCGGCGCCCUCUUCGCAGUCACGAACUCGCCAGCAGCUAGCAGCACUGACUAGUAGGAGGGCCCGCCGGAGGAGAGGAAGCCCCAGAGAGAUUGGUGAGGGUGAUUUCCCAGGAAGACGCAGUGUGCUCUGACUUCUGUGACAGUGAGCAACGGGACCAGUGGAUGUCCAGAUGCUGGCAAUGAGACAUACUCUGGAGUCAGAAGACAGCGAAAAGAGAAGCAGAAGCCCCGGUGGCAAGAGUCUGAAGCAGGAAGGAUGACUGUAGCCUGUGGAUUGUACUGCAGUAGGAAACUGUCCUAGCAAGGCUCCACCUUGCCCCAGCUUCAAGCUGGAAAGGAGGAGAACAUGAAACAUUGCUUGAAGACAAUGGCCGAGACAGCAGGUCCCACCCUGCACAGCCAACAGCAUCUCUCCCCUCAGCCCUGUCUCCUCUUCUGCAGUUGGGAUCUGCACAUUUAAGCCUGAAAUUGUCCUGUGAAGUGAAGUAUGAUCGGACAGCCUCUUUUCAGCUUUUAUGAAAAUGGAGACAGAGGAAUUGUGGCUCUUGCCAAGGUCACAGGAUUGGAAUACAGAGCCAAGCCACCCCAGGACAUGCAAGAGCCUCAGAAGGGAAAAAGCCCAGCAGGAAGGGAGAACAAGUAGCCUCUGUCCUGAAGUUGUAACAGCCAGGGGCCAGGAUGGAGGAGGAGGACCCCGUAAUCUGCCCAUCUGGGACUUGGCAGGGGACCUGGGAAAAUGUACCCCAACCCAUCCCUUAAGGGCCUUUGUCUUUGGCCCAUUGGCCUAGCAUCUCCUUCUUCACCGUGUCUGUUCUUGUCACACCUAGUCAGGUCUGUUUGGGUCUGAGGUGCAUGGAACAUUCUGGGUAGGCCUCCAGCAAACGGAAGCUCUUCACCGUGUUUCCAGCCUGGGACCAAGGGCAGCACACUGGCAAAGUUGCCAAAGCAAGGGACUCCAGCCUUUUAGGAGUUAAUGACUCCCUCUCCCCAGCUGUCCUCCCCUUGGUGCUCCUCUUCCUCCCUCCUCCUGCUCACAGCAGGCAGGGCCUAGACCCGGGAGCCAUGCUGCUGUGCUGUUGCCAGGGGAGCACGGAGGCAGAUCUGAGCUAUGCAGGGAAAAGGCCCGGCCUGUCAAAGUGUCUGAGAUGAACCGCCGCCGUCCCUGUGCAGCUGGGCUCAGACGUGUCUCAGCUCUUGUUCUAUGCCUGAGAAUGGCGAAACCCAGUGAGGUUCAAGGGCAAACUCGCUAUUCAUUAGUCAGGGGUUCUUGACGUCCCGUCUCUCCCAGGGAUGAGUUCCCCCCUCCUCUUUCUCCCCCUCCUAUGACACAUUCCUGGGUGCCUUUGGUGAGGACUGCACACCCUCCUCCUGCCUAGCCCCCUCUCCAAAGGCCCCUGAAUAAACUCCCCCCAAGGAGACCAGGCAGGGCAGAGACAAUGGCUGCAGGAAAUCAUUCAGGCGGGACAUGCUGGCCUGCCCUCCACCCAGUCCCCCUGUGGGCCCCACUCCCUUCUGAUUCAGGGCACCCUUGGGCCCCCAGCCUAUACAGGCCUGGACAGGAAGAAACCACUGGGAACCACCCUAAGGACAACAUGCUAGUCCAGUGCCAUUCUUCGCUGGCUCUGUGGGUGCCUUUGUGGCCUGUACCGACUGGCUGGCUAAUUUUGUGGUUUCUGUACCAUCACAUGCCUAUUUUAAGACACUCUCCAGCACUGUCGGUUAGGGAGUGUAAAUUGUACAAUAUUUUCUGAAAUGUGGCAAUAUCAAAAUGUAAAAGGCACACAUACUUGGUCACAAACAAAUGGCACUAUUUACUCUGUGGGCAUAUUUGUAACAGUUGCCAAAGAAUUAUAUACAAGGAUGUUCAUCAGAGCAUUUCUUUUGAAGAGUAAAGAAAUGGACAUGAACCUGUGGUCCGUUCAUACGGUGGAAUACCUAUGCAGCUGUAAAAAUCAGUGUGGUAGAUCUCCGCAUAUGAGUUGAUGUGGAAGGUUGGCCAGUUCACAUGAUAAGGUGAAUAGAAUAAGUUACAGAACAGGCUAUGGAGUAUGAUCUUAUUUGUAGAUGUUUAAAACUGAGUCAUAAGUAUGCUUAUAUACAGAUCGUUUCUGGAAGUAUGUACUGGAAGGCUACCUCUGGGGAGUGGGGAUGGGGGAAUGCACUCUUCUAUACUGUUAUAUUUUCUUUUCGUGCUCCUAAGGUACUUUUGUUGGAAGAUGUAAAGGGGUUCAAUGUAAUAGGCUUAACUUCUGUCAACUAAGUUGGCGUGGGUGCUUUAAGAGGGUGGUGGUGAUGUUGCUGGAGAAAGUAUCCCACAAUCACUAGUGGCCUCAGCCACGGGCCAUUUAGGGGCCUAAUAAUCACAUAUCAUCAUGGUUGCUAGUGUUAAUCGAAAACCUACUAAGUGCCAGGCUUACUGUCUCUGGGUCUUGCUUACGUGGAUGUCAUUUUUCCAGUUUCACCAAAUCAAAAGAGGUUAAUUGGUUUCUUGGAGCUCCUUUGCAGGUGAAGGGCAGAGCCAGGAGCUUGGCUAGGGACAGGGGAGGUGGGUGGGGGAUGGUGGAUAGGUCUUGGCUCCCAGUUUCCUUCUGGGCAGACAUUGCCCCUCUGCCCUGAGGACCUGCUUGUUUGGGGGAAGAGGCCUUUAGAGGCACCAGGGUCAUGCCAGGUGUUGGACAUGGUGAACUGGGAAGUGCUCCCAUCUGGCCACAGCCCAGAAGUAUCACCGUGCUGGGGGAUGGGGAACAGGGCUGUGAAUGGGCCUAUUUGCAUAAGCAGCAUGUGUCUGGAGAGAAAGACAUCACAGAGCAGAAGAGUGCGGGUGCCCAGGAGUGCAAUUGCCACCCCUACUUCAUCCCUGAAAGAGUAAAUGGCCUGGAAAGUGUCUCUGAGAGGUAAUGCUGCACACCACCCUCCCUGGGGGCAGGGUCAGGCUACACCUGCCUUAGGUCGGGGGCUGCAGCAGCCUGCAGAGCUCUCAGUAGGGCCUCAGUAGCCUGGGAGGGAGCAGGGGCAGGGGGCAGGGAAAGAGGUGUAAUGGGGCUGUCCAGAGGGGCCUGGGAAACCUGGUCCCUGAGGCCUGGGCACAGCUACAAUCACUUCAAAUUGGCUGUGGGGCCAGUGGACUGGGAAGGAAAAAAGCAAUAAGAGUGACCAAGUGCAGAAGGCUGUCAGGUCCCAGGUCACAUGCCUUAGUGCAGUGACUCCUCAUCAUUUUAUGGGGUGUGGGUGUCAUUGGUACACCCAUUUUACAGAUGAGGACACCGAGGCCCAGAAAAGUUAAGUUACAUGUCCUAAGUCACAGCUUGUAAGUGCCAGAACUGAGAUCAAAACCAAGUCUCUUUGACUUUAAAGUCUGUACUCUGACCCCAAAGAGAUCCUGUUUGGUUUGGCCACUUAUAGGAGGUCCCUAAAGCUGCAGACUCCCCUUGCCAGCACCCACAUAUAGAGACAUUAACCCUUCCCCUGCAGGGUCACCUCAAAUAGUCUUUUAGCUGGGCUUCUCCUGCAAUUCCACCUAAUGCCAUCCCCUGGGUUUUGCCCAAACCUGAACUGGGCAGUGGGGUGAGAGGAGGGGUUUACAGGGUUACAGAGCCUCAUACAGAUAGGAGCCCAUGGCUGCUGGUCAUCUGCAUUCCUGCAGGAUUGGCUGUUCCUUGGGGUCCUUGGCAGGAAAAUGAGGAUUGCUCCGAGGCCUGCUCCAGUGCUUCCCAGAGGCUGGCCUGGUGUGGGGCUCUGGGAAGGCUGAGGCUGGAGAAGCAGAAGUAGGAGGGCAGAGAUGGCACUCAGGUAGCUUGAAUCACCAAGACCCUUCCAAGCCCCACAGGUUCUGAGGGAGUACUAGGGCCAGCUCUGGGAGAGGUCUCUUCCUAUGCUGUGAACCCCCUGCCUUUCUUGCAGCCUACAACGAAUAAAUUUUCUUUGCAAAGGC